AUGGCCGGUGGUAGCCCCACAACUACCUCGAGCUCCCUGCUCCUCUUCUUCCUCCUCUCUUGCUUGCUCAUCGGCCAGGCUCUCUGCAACCAAGGCCACCAUGGUAGCAUCUCAGGUGCAGACUAUGGAGAACAAUAUGCUCACCAGGGAUUACCUGAAGAACAUAUGGACUUGCAAGAGAACAUCAAGCAGGGUCUAAACAAGGAGAAGCCGCCCAAGUAUGCAAGGAGAAUGCUGAUUGGUUCAAUUGCUCCCAUAUGCACGUACAACGAAUGCAGGGGUUGUCGAUCCAAGUGUACCGCUGAGCAAGUCCCGGUGGAUGCAAAUGACCCCAUGAAUAGUGCCUAUCAUUACAAGUGUGUCUGCCACAGGUGA